UAAAAAUACGCCGUGAUGGAAGGCAAUUUGCUCGAGAGACGUAUUUUAAAAAUGGGUUCUGAUCAUAUGCAUAGACGAUGGAGUAAUUUACGAAAAGUAUUAGAAAGAUCGGGUCCCUUUUGUAGACCAGAUUUCGAACCAUCGACAGAAACUUUACAAUUUUUAUUAGAUAAUUGUAAAAUUCUCGUUGUUGGAGCUGGUGGUUUAGGAUGUGAAUUGCUUAAAAAUUUAGCAUUAAUGGGAUUUAGACAAAUUCAUGUAAUUGAUAUGGACACCAUUGAAUUAUCUAACCUUAAUCGGUAUUUUCUUUUCCAUCAUAAAGAUAUUGGUUCAUCAAAGGCAGAAGUAGCUGCAAAAUUUGUUAAUAAUAGAAUUCCAGGCUGUAAUGUCAUAUCUCAUUGUUGCAAGAUACAAGAUAAAGAUGAAGAAUUUUAUAGACAAUUUCACAUAGUAAUUUGUGGUUUAGAUUCAAUAGUUGCAAGAAGAUGGAUUAAUGGCAUGUUGUUAUCGUUGUUAAUUUAUGAAAAUGGAGAAUUAGAUCGAUCAAGUGUAAUACCAAUGAUUGAUGGAGGUACAGAAGGUUUUAAAGGAAAUGCAAGAGUAAUACUACCUGGUUUGACUGCUUGUAUCGAAUGUACUUUAGAUUUAUAUCCUCCACAGGUCACAUAUCCAUUAUGUACAAUAGCAAAUACUCCCCGAUUACCAGAACAUUGUAUAGAAUAUGUAAAAGUAAUUCAAUGGCCAAAGGAAAAUCCAUUUGAUUGUGCAAUAGAUGGUGAUGAUCCUCAACAUAUAAACUGGAUUUAUGAAAAAUCUAAUGAAAGAGCAGCACAAUUUGGAAUACAAGGCUUAACAUAUAGAUUAGUGCAAGGAGUAGUAAAAAAUAUUAUACCUGCUGUAGCAUCUACUAAUGCUGUUAUUGCUGCAACAUGUGCUACUGAGGCAUUUAAACUUGCUAGCAGUUGCAGUGCUUCAUUAAAUAAUUAUAUGGUACUCAAUAAUGUAGAUGGAAUUUAUACUUACACUUAUGAAGCCGAAAAAAAAGAAGACUGUGUGGCAUGUAGUCAAAUUCCAAAAGAAAUUGAAAUUAAUAAUCCUAAAUUUAAAUUAAAAGAUUUGAUAGAACUUUUAUGUGAGAGACCUGACUUGCAAAUGAAAAAUCCGGGUCUGACAACAUACAUUGAUGGAAAAAAUAAAACAUUGUAUAUGCAAACUGUAGCAAGUAUCGAGGAAAGAACUCGUGAAAAUUUAACAAAAACGCUAAUAGAACUGGGACUUAGAAAUGACAGUGAGAUAAAUGUUGCUGAUAUUACUACUCCUAAUGCAAUUGUGUUAAAAUUAAAAUUUUUGUAUUGUAAUAUAGAUGUAUGAUAAUCACACAGAAAAACCUUCAUUUUUUUUCAUAAAUUUAUGACUAUAAAUCAUAUAUAUUUACAGUA